CUGUUAACAGUGGAUUUGCAGAGAGGUCUUCUUUUACCAGUUAUUAAGACCUUCUUCUCAGCCCUUAUUUAGUAAUGGAUCUCCAGGGGUAUAGGAGGGUACCUUGGCGGGUGUGGCUGUGUCGUUUGGGGGCCUUGUUGUCAUUUGGUCUCCUCCUGAUAGUCUUUCACUGGUGGCCACGGCUUGGUGUCCUUGCCCGCUGCUGCUCCUGCUCUCUGGCUUUGGCAGAUUUUGUGCUGAUAAAAGACAGUCACGGUCAGAAACAUGUUGUGGAGGUGCUCACUGAAGAGAUGGAGGAGGGGAGUUUGGAUGAGUUCUUGUUGCAGUGGGAGGAGGAUGAGUGGAGAGAAACAGUUCACCUGCAACAGGAAGAGAGAACGAUGCUGUGCUACUUCCUGUUUGAAGGUCUACGAUACAUCUGGCUGGAUAGGAGAGAAGAUUUCUGCCCAGCUAGUGUUCUCACUGAGGAAUGGACUUGCAGAGCUUUGUUUGAUUUUCAAAGGGGGCUAAGUCAUCAGGAACAGAGCUCGAGGAGACGCCUGUUUGGGGACAACAUUAUUGAUGUACCUCUGAAGUCUUACAUGAGACUUCUGAUUGAGGAGAUUCUCAACCCAUUUUAUGUAUUUCAAGUGUUAAGUCUCGUGCUCUGGAUGAAUGAUGACUAUUACUAUUAUGCUGGAUGUAUAUUCUUCAUCUCAGUCUUCUCCAUCAUUUUUUCACUCUAUGAAGCUCGAAAGCAAAGAAAAACUAUUCGGGACAUGGCCAACUCGGUAACAGAAGUCAAAAUACGCAGAGAAUCAGGGGAGGAAGAAAGUGUGAGCUCUGAAAAGCUGGUUCCUGGUGACUGUUUGAUCAUCCCUGAGGAAGGUCUGGUGCUGCCAUGUGAUGCUGCCCUGCUGGUGGGGGAGUGUCUCGUCGAUGAGAGCAUGCUUACAGGGGAAAGCAUAUCAGUACUAAAAACCCCGCUGCCAGAUGGUGAUAGUAUCUACAGCUCAAAGACUGCGCUCAGACAUACUCUUUUCUGCGGCACUCAUAUCAUUCAGGCAAAGGGUGGAAACGCAGUUGCAGUGGUCACAAGUACUGGGUUUUUCACCGCCAAAGGUAAACUGAUCAGCUCUAUUUUGUACUCUCAAGAGAUGGACUUCCGCUUUUACAAAGAUGCAAUGAAGUUCCUGCUCAUUCUUGGAGUAAUUGCUCUUUCUGGCACCAUUUACAUUUUUGUGACUCUCCUGAAAGCAGAUGUGACCAGGAAGGAGUUAGUCAUUAGAUCCUUGGAUAUUAUAACGAUUGUUGUUCCUCCUGCCCUGCCUGCUGCCAUCACCAUAGGAACUAUUUAUGCCCAGAACAGGCUAAAGAAGUGUGAUAUCUUUUGCAUUUGCCCACCCAAAAUAAAUGCCUGUGGGAAAGUCUCAGUCUUCUGCUUUGAUAAGACAGGAACUCUGACUGAGGAAGGUCUAGAUGUAUGGGGAGUGAUGACGACUGGACCAGCUGGUUUUUCACAACUAGUCACUGAUCCCACAUUGCUGCCUGAAGGGAACAUGAGCAUCGCCCUGGCCUGCUGUCACACCAUUACACUUCUAGAAGGUCAACCCAUUGGAGACCCAUUGGAGCUUACAAUGAUGGAGUAUACUGGCUGGACUCUUCAGGAGCCAGCGGGAAAAGAUGAUGCUAUACACUCAGAGUUUGGAGGUCACACAGUUUUGGCUGUUAUGAGACCCCCGACUGACCAACCUAACCUUUCAGCAUGUUCCAGGAGUGGGGCAGUUGCCAUCGUUAAGAGGUUUCCCUUCUCCUCAGCCCUGCAGAGAACGAGUGUCCUGACUGUGGAUUUUGGGGGGCACUCUGCUUUGGCUCUCAUCAAAGGUUCCCCUGAGAUGGUGGCCAGCCUCUGCCAACCUGACACAGUUCCAGAAAAUUUCUUCAUUACUCUGCAGAGGUUUUCCAGAGAAGGCCUCCGAGUUCUGGCACUUGCCUGUAAACCAGUUGACAUUUAUUCAGAUUUGAAAAAUGCUGAACGGGCCGAAGUAGAGAAAGAAAUGCAGUUCCUGGGUUUACUAAUGAUGAAAAACGUAGUAAAACCUGAAAGUACAGAGGCCAUUACCAUCCUGAGAUUAGCAGACAUCCGUAGCAUUAUGGUCACUGGGGACAACAUUUUAACAGCAGUGAGUGUAGCCAAAACCUGUGGGAUGGUGAAAACUGAUGAGAAGGUGAUUUUUGUCCAUGCAACCUGCCAAACUGAUGAAACCCUCCCCACAUUAAGGUUCAGUCUGGAAGAGGAUGGUGCCUCUGCUGCUCAAAGUCCAAGAGACAUUAAUGAGGCCGGUUCUGACUAUAAUUUGGCAAUUGAUGGCAAAUCCUUUGCUGCCCUCUGUGACCACUUCCCUGAACAGCUUCCUAAGGUAUUGAUGAAAGCCACGAUAUUUGCCAUGAUGCUCCCUGACCAAAAAGCCCAACUUGUUAAGGAGCUAAAGAACCUUAAAGAGGGGAGAUGUUCUUUGGUCACAUCCUUUAGCCUGUUCAGGUACAUGGCGCUGUACAGUCUAAUUCAGUUCUGCUCGGUCCUCAUCCUCAACACAGUAAAGACAACUUUGGGUGACUUUCAGUUCCUGUUCUUUGACUUGGUUCUGGUCACCCUGUUAGCCAUGGCGAUGGGAGGAGGAGGACCCAGUGAGGAGCUGCAGUCCAGCAGACCUCCAGCCACUCUGCUGGCCCUGCCUGUGUUUGGCAGCCUCUUCAUUCACACUUGCAUGAUCGUACUGGGCCAGUUGGGUGCAUUUUUUAUUACCACCUCACAGGGAUGGUAUAUUCCACUUAAUUCAACAGUGUUUGGAACAGAUAACCUGCCCAACAUGGAGAACAACAGCGUGUUUGAUUUAUCUGGUUUUCAGUACAUUUUCUUUGCAGCAGUGGUUACCAAAGGCUACCCCCACAAAAAACCUCUCUACCGUAACUGGAAGUUUGUCUGCCUGCUGCUGAUCCAGUCGGCUGUGAUGGUGUGGCUCGUGGUUCAUCCGGUUCCUUGGUUUAGUCAGAUACUUCAACUGUAUGACUUCCCUGAUCUGACCUUUAGACUCCUGCUUAUUGGCGUAGCUGUAGUCAACUUUCUAAUUUGCAUCCUUACCGAGAUGCUGAUUGAUUGUGGCAUGCUGAACUUUCUACGUCUGCUACGAGGGAAUCGUCCAUCCAAGAAGCAGUACAAGCGUCUGAGGGCUGCUCUGUCUCGCUGUACAACAUGGCCGCCACUGGAUCAAACUCUUAACCCCUCAGACAACUCUAUCAUCCCCCUCAGCUAAAAUUCCUUUAGACUCACUGAGCUUUUACUGUCA